AAGCACCGUUACAUUGUAUACUUUUGGACAAGGAGUUGCACGGUGGACAAUUGGACCUAAUGCAUCUCGGCAAAUUAGUGCGUCUGAUUUGUUUUUAGCUGCGGACUUCCGACAUUUUUUCCGCGCAUCGGGACGUAAAACUAAGCGCUCUGGAGACUAGAGCGCACCGCCUCAAAUAGGAGUCUAUGACCCAUGCAGAGCAUACAAAGCCCGAAGUAGGCUACCACUCGCUGUCAGGACUACUGUUUGUGUUGAUGUCAUCGGCGGCCGUGUUCGAACCGGAGCGACCCACAAUUUAUAGUCAGGAUUACUAGAAUAACAAAAAUAUAGUUUACAAUAAUUGUCGUGUUUUUGGCCAACAGUGAAUAUGGGAGUUCUGGCGCACUGUGUUGUAUUUUUUAUAUUUCUGCAUUUGACGUCAGCUUAUGAUUUUAAUGAAGGACUAUAUAACAGCGGGCAGUAUGAAUUUGUGAAAGAUCCCAGUUUGAAUAUCGAAAAGAGAUCACCAGAUUUAGAUUCGUUUGAUUCUGAAUCAUCCGACCACAUUAGGAGCAGAAGAAGUGCGGAUCAAGGAGACUGUAACCGUCUCCAGGGAUUCGACACCAAGUUGACUAACAACACCCAAACCUAUUCCUUCAAUGACCUGAGUGGGUCCGUGUCACUGGCCUGGGUUGGAGAUGCCACCGGGGUCAUCCUGGCUCUGACAACAUUCCAAGUGCCGUUCUUCAUGUUGAGAUUCGGUCAGUCUAAACUCUACCGAAGUGAGAACUAUGGGAAGUCGUUCCAGGACGUCACAAACCUCAUCAACAACACUUUCAUCCGGACAGAGUUCGGCAUCGCCAUCGGACCAGAGAACUCUGGGAAGGUGAUCCUGACAGGUGACGUGUCUGGCAGCCUGGGCUCUCGUAUCUUUAUCUCCAGAGACUUUGGGAACAGCUUUGAGCAGCAGGACCUUCCCUUCAACCCCCAGAUGCAGAUCAUAUACAACCCCAGAGACGCCAACGUUCUCCUGGUCAUCAGCAACACUAAUGAACUCUGGCUGUCUGAGGACUUUGGAGAGAAGUGGAGGAAGAUUCACGACAUGGUGUGUCUGGCCAAAUGGGGGAUGGACAGUAACAUAUUCUUUACCACCAACCUCAAUGGAUCCUGCAAUGAAAGGGGGAUGCUGGACUUGAGAAAGACGGCAGACUACGGGAAGACCAUCAAGACUGUUGCCAUUAAAAUCUUCUCCUUCGGCCUGGGCGGAAAGUUCCUGUUUGCUUCUGUUAUGACUGGAACUGGCACUCUGAGGAUGAUCCAUGUGUCGACUAACCAGGGGGAGGAGUGGAACAUGGCUCAGCUGCCUCCGGUUGGCCACGAGGAGUUCUAUUCUAUCUUGUCAGCCAAUGACGACAUGGUGUUCAUGCACGUGGAUGAACCAGGAGACACAGGCUUUGGCAGCAUCUACGUGUCAGACGACAGGGGUACAGUGUACUCUAAGUCUCUGGGGCGUCACCUCUACACCACCACAGGGGGAGACACUGACUUCACCAACGUUACCUCUCUACGAGGGGUCUUCAUCACCAGUAUACUGGCAGAGGACGGCUCGGUGCAGUCCGUGGUGUCCUUCGACCAGGGAGGGGAAUGGGUGCCCCUGCAGAAGCCUGCCAACACCAAGUGUGACUCCACAGCCAAAGACCCCGACGAGUGCAGUCUCCACAUCCACGCAGCUUACAGCACGGCUAUGAAGCUGAACGUCCCCAUGCUGCCUCUCAGUGAACCAAACGCUGUAGGACUCAUCAUGGCUCACGGGAGUGUGGGCGAUGCCAUCUCUGUGAUGAAGCCUGACGUAUUCGUGUCAGAUGAUGGAGGUUACACCUGGCUGCAGGCCCUGGAGGGACCUCACCACUAUGCCAUCCUGGACUCUGGUGGACUGCUGGUGGCCGUGGAACACUCUACUCAGCCCAUCAAAGACAUCAAGUUUUCCACAGACGAGGGCCAGUGCUGGCACGUUCACCAGUUCACUAGCGAUCCCAUCCACUUCACAGGGCUAGCGUCGGAGCCGGGGGCGAGGUCUAUGAACGUCAGUGUCUGGGGCUACAGAGACUCUCUGCUCAGUCAGUACUGGGUAUCAGUCACCAUCGACUUCAGAGAGCUGCUCACUAGAGACUGUGAGGACCAAGACUACGUGCAGUGGCUGGCGCACUCUGAUGACAUCAGCGACCCUAGCGACGGCUGUAUGUUGGGUUAUAAGGAGAAGUUCCUGCGUCUGAGGAAGGCCUCUGUCUGCUUGAACGGACGGGACUACGAGGUCAACAAGCAACCCACCCCUUGCCCCUGUACCCUGGAUGACUUCCAAUGUGACUUUGGGUACUAUCGUAAAGAGAACAGCUCCGAGUGUGUGGAGCAGCAGGACCUGAAGGGCCACGUUCUGGAGUUCUGUCUGCAAGGCAAGAAGGAGCUGCUGCAGACCAGAGGCUAUAGGAAGAUCCCUGGGGAUAAGUGUGAGGGAGGAACACAGCCGGAGAGAAAAGAGAUAGACCUCAGUAAGAGGUGUGUCAAUGACCUACUGGGACCUCAGGAACUACUGACAGACGGCCAUCUGUCCAGCUCAGCACCCAUCGUAGUGACGGUUCUAAUCAUUAUCCUGCUCAGUAUCGUAGCUGGGUUCCUCUUUGUCAAGAAGUACGUCUGCGGUGGAAGGUUUCUGGUACACAGGUACUCUGUACUACAGCAGCAUGCUGAGGCCCAGGGAGACGGAGUAGACGAGCCAUUAGACAGCAACCACACUCGGGCAAGCAACAAGACCGGCUUACACGAUUCAGACGAGGAUCUUCUGGAGUAACAGGUGGCAUUUUCAGCUACCAGGGGAAUCUAGCCUCCUGUCUAUCCUUUACAACCUAGAAGCUCCUGCAGCUACCAGGAGGAACUACUAGCCUGCUGUCUAUCCUUUACAACCUAGAAGCUCCUGCAGCUACCAGGGGAAUCUAGCCUCCUGUCUAUCCUUUACAACCUAGAAGCUCCUGCAGCUACCAGGGGAAUCUAGCCUCCUGUCUAUCCUUUACAACCUAGAAGCUCCUGCAGCUACCAGGGGAAUCUAGCCUGCUGUCUAUCCUUUACAACCUAGAAGCUCCUGCAGCUACCAGGGGAAUCUAGCCUCCUGUCUAUCCUUUACAACCUAGAAGCUCCUGCAGCUACCAGGGGAAUCUAGCCUGCUGUCUAUCCUUUACAACCUAGAAGCUCCUGCAGCUACCAGGGGAAUCUAGCCUGCUGUCUAUCCUUUACAACCUAGAAGCUCCUGCAGCUACCAGGGGAAUCUAGCCUGCUGUCUAUCCUUUACAACCUAGAAGCUCCUGCAGCUACCAGGAGGAACUACUAGCCUGCUGUCUAUCCUUUACAACCUAGAAGCUCCUGCAGCUACCAGGAGGAACUACUAGCCUGCUGUCUAUCCUUUACAACCUAGAAGCUCCUGCAGCUACCAGGAGGAACUACUAGCCUGCUGUCUAUCCUUUACAACCUAGAAGCUCCUGCAGCUACCAGGGGAAUCUAGCCUGCUGUCUAUCCUUUACAACCUAGAAGCUCCUGCAGCUACCAGGAGGAACUACUAGCCUGCUGUCUAUCCUUUACAACCUAGAAGCUCCUGCAGCUACCAGGAGGAACUACUAGCCUGCUGUCUAUCCUUUACAACCUAGAAGCUCCUGCAGCUACCAGGAGGAACUACUAGCCUGCUGUCUAUCCUUUACAACCUAGAAGCUCCUGCAGCUACCAGGAGGAACUACUAGCCUCCUGUCUAUCCUUUACAACCUAGAAGCUCCUGCAGCUACCAGGGGAAUCUAGCCUCCUGUCUAUCCUUUACAACCUAGAAGCUCCUGCAGCUACCAGGAGGAACUACUAGCCUGCUGUCUAUCCUUUACAACCUAGAAGCUCCUGCAGCUACCAGGAGGAACUACUAGCCUGCUGUCUAUCCUUUACAACCUAGAAGCUCCUGCAGCUACCAGGAGGAACUACUAGCCUCCUGUCUAUCCUUUACAACCUAGAAGCUCCUGCAGCUACCAGGAGGAACUACUAGCCUCCUGUCUAUCCUUUACAACCUAGAAGCUCCUGCAGCUACCAGGAGGAACUACUAGCCUCCUGUCUAUCCUUUACAACCUAGAAGCUCCUGCAGCUACCAGGAGGAACUACUAGCCUCCUGUCUAUCCUUUACAACCUAGAAGCUCCUGCAGCUACCAGGAGGAACUACUAGCCUGCUGUCUAUCCUUUACAACCUAGAAGCUCCUGCAGCUACCAGGGGAAUCUAGCCUCCUGUCUAUCCUUUACAACCUAGAAGCUCCUGCAGCUACCAGGGGAAUCUAGCCUGCUGUCUAUCCUUUACAACCUAGAAGCUCCUGCAGCUACCAGGGGAAUCUAGCCUGCUGUCUAUCCUUUACAACCUAGAAGCUCCUGCAGCUACCAGGGGAAUCUAGCCUGCUGUCUAUCCUUUACAACCUAGAAGCUCCUGCAGCUACCAGGGGAAUCUAGCCUGCUGUCUAUCCUUUACAACCUAGAAGCUCCUGCAGCUACCAGGGGAAUCUAGCCUGCUGUCUAUCCUUUACAACCUAGAAGCUCCUGCAGCUACCAGGGGAAUCUAGCCUGCUGUCUAUCCUUUACAACCUAGAAGCUCCUGCAGCUACCAGGGGAAUCUAGCCUGCUGUCUAUCCUUUACAACCUAGAAGCUCCUGCAGCUACCAGGGGAAUCUAGCCUGCUGUCUAUCCUUUACAACCUAGAAGCUCCUGCAGCUACCAGGGGAAUCUAGCCUGCUGUCUAUCCUUUACAACCUAGAAGCUCCUGCAGCUACCAGGGGAAUCUAGCCUGCUGUCUAUCCUUUACAACCUAGAAGCUCCUGCAGCUACCAGGGGAAUCUAGCCUGCUGUCUAUCCUUUACAACCUAGAAGCUCCUGCAGCUACCAGGGGAAUCUAGCCUCCUGUCUAUCCUUUACAACCUAGAAGCUCCUGCAGCUACCAGGGGAAUCUAGCCUCCUGUCUAUCCUUUACAACCUAGAAGCUCCUGCAGCUACCAGGAGGAACUACUAGCCUGCUGUCUAUCCUUUACAACCUAGAAGCUCCUGCAGCUACCAGGGGAAUCUAGCCUGCUGUCUAUCCUUUACAACCUAGAAGCUCCUGCAGCUACCAGGGGAAUCUAGCCUGCUGUCUAUCCUUUACAACCUAGAAGCUCCUGCAGCUACCAGGGGAAUCUAGCCUGCUGUCUAUCCUUUACAACCUAGAAGCUCCUGCAGCUACCAGGGGAAUCUAGCCUGCUGUCUAUCCUUUACAACCUAGAAGCUCCUGCAGCUACCAGGGGAAUCUAGCCUGCUGUCUAUCCUUUACAACCUAGAAGCUCCUGCAGCUACCAGGGGAAUCUAGCCUGCUGUCUAUCCUUUACAACCUAGAAGCUCCUGCAGCUACCAGGGGAAUCUAGCCUGCUGUCUAUCCUUUACAACCUAGAAGCUCCUGCAGCUACCAGGGGAAUCUAGCCUGCUGUCUAUCCUUUACAACCUAGAAGCUCCUGCAGCUACCAGGGGAAUCUAGCCUGCUGUCUAUCCUUUACAACCUAGAAGCUCCUGCAGCUACCAGGGGAAUCUAGCCUGCUGUCUAUCCUUUACAACCUAGAAGCUCCUGCAGCUACCAGGGGAAUCUAGCCUCCUGUCUAUCCUUUACAACCUAGAAGCUCCUGCAGCUACCAGGGGAAUCUAGCCUCCUGUCUAUCCUUUACAACCUAGAAGCUCCUGCAGCUACCAGGAGGAACUACUAGCCUGCUGUCUAUCCUUUACAACCUAGAAGCUCCUGCAGCUACCAGGGGAAUCUAGCCUGCUGUCUAUCCUUUACAACCUAGAAGCUCCUGCAGCUACCAGGGGAAUCUAGCCUGCUGUCUAUCCUUUACAACCUAGAAGCUCCUGCAGCUACCAGGGGAAUCUAGCCUGCUGUCUAUCCUUUACAACCUAGAAGCUCCUGCAGCUACCAGGGGAAUCUAGCCUGCUGUCUAUCCUUUACAACCUAGAAGCUCCUGCAGCUACCAGGAGGAACUACUAGCCUGCUGUCUAUCCUUUACAACCUAGAAGCUCCUGCAGCUACCAGGAGGAACUACUAGCCUGCUGUCUAUCCUUUACAACCUAGAAGCUCCUGCAGCUACCAGGAGGAACUACUAGCCUGCUGUCUAUCCUUUACAACCUAGAAGCUCCUGCAGCUACCAGGAGGAACUACUAGCCUGCUGUCUAUCCUUUACAACCUAGAAGCUCCUGCAGCUACCAGGAGGAACUACUAGCCUGCUGUCUAUCCUUUACAACCUAGAAGCUCCUGCAGCUACCAGGAGGAACUACUAGCCUGCUGUCUAUCCUUUACAACCUAGAAGCUCCUGCAGCUACCAGGAGGAACUACUAGCCUGCUGUCUAUCCUUUACAACCUAGAAGCUCCUGCAGCUACCAGGGGAAUCUAGCCUGCUGUCUAUCCUUUACAACCUAGAAGCUCCUGCAGCUACCAGGAGGAACUACUAGCCUGCUGUCUAUCCUUUACAACCUAGAAGCUCCUGCAGCUACCAGGAGGAACUACUAGCCUGCUGUCUAUCCUUUACAACCUAGAAGCUCCUGCAGCUACCAGGAGGAACUACUAGCCUGCUGUCUAUCCUUUACAACCUAGAAGCUCCUGCAGCUACCAGGGGAAUCUAGCCUGCUGUCUAUCCUUUACAACCUAGAAGCUCCUGCAGCUACCAGGGGAAUCUAGCCUGCUGUCUAUCCUUUACAACCUAGAAGCUCCUGCAGCUACCAGGGGAAUCUAGCCUCCUGUCUAUCCUUUACAACCUAGAAGCUCCUGCAGCUACCAGGAGGAACUACUAGCCUGCUGUCUAUCCUUUACAACCUAGAAGCUCCUGCAGCUACCAGGGGAAUCUAGCCUGCUGUCUAUCCUUUACAACCUAGAAGCUCCUGCAGCUACCAGGGGAAUCUAGCCUCCUGUCUAUCCUUUACAACCUAGAAGCUCCUGCAGCUACCAGGGGAAUCUAGCCUGCUGUCUAUCCUUUACAACCUAGAAGCUCCUGCAGCUACCAGGGGAAUCUAGCCUGCUGUCUAUCCUUUACAACCUAGAAGCUCCUGCAGCUACCAGGGGAAUCUAGCCUCCUGUCUAUCCUUUACAACCUAGAAGCUCCUGCAGCUACCAGGGGAAUCUAGCCUGCUGUCUAUCCUUUACAACCUAGAAGCUCCUGCAGCUACCAGGAGGAACUACAAGCCUGCUGUCUAUCCUUUACAACCUAGAAGCUCCUGCAGCUACCAGGAGGAACUACAAGCCUGCUGUCUAUCCUUUACAACCUAGAAGCUCCUGCAGCUACCAGGAGGAACUACUAGCCUGCUGUCUAUCCUUUACAACCUAGAAGCUCCUGCAGCUACCAGGGGAAUCUAGCCUGCUGUCUAUCCUUUACAACCUAGAAGCUCCUGCAGCUACCAGGGGAAUCUAGCCUGCUGUCUAUCCUUUACAACCUAGAAGCUCCUGCAGCUACCAGGGGAAUCUAGCCUGCUGUCUAUCCUUUACAACCUAGAAGCUCCUGCAGCUACCAGGGGAAUCUAGCCUGCUGUCUAUCCUUUACAACCUAGAAGCUCCUGCAGCUACCAGGGGAAUCUAGCCUGCUGUCUAUCCUUUACAACCUAGAAGCUCCUGCAGCUACCAGGGGAAUCUAGCCUCCUGUCUAUCCUUUACAACCUAGAAGCUCCUGCAGCUACCAGGGGAAUCUAGCCUGCUGUCUAUCCUUUACAACCUAGAAGCUCCUGCAGCUACCAGGAGGAACUACAAGCCUGCUGUCUAUCCUUUACAACCUAGAAGCUCCUGCAGCUACCAGGAGGAACUACUAGCCUGCUGUCUAUCCUUUACAACCUAGAAGCUCCUGCAGCUACCAGGAGGAACUACUAGCCUGCUGUCUAUCCUUUACAACCUAGAAGCUCCUGCAGCUACCAGGGGAAUCUAGCCUCCUGUCUAUCCUUUACAACCUAGAAGCUCCUGCAGCUACCAGGGGAAUCUAGCCUGCUGUCUAUCCUUUACAACCUAGAAGCUCCUGCAGCUACCAGGGGAAUCUAGCCUCCUGUCUAUCCUUUACAACCUAGAAGCUCCUGCAGCUACCAGGGGAAUCUAGCCUGCUGUCUAUCCUUUACAACCUAGAAGCUCCUGCAGCUACCAGGGGAAUCUAGCCUGCUGUCUAUCCUUUACAACCUAGAAGCUCCUGCAGCUACCAGGGGAAUCUAGCCUGCUGUCUAUCCUUUACAACCUAGAAGCUCCUGCAGCUACCAGGGGAAUCUAGCCUCCUGUCUAUCCUUUACAACCUAGAAGCUCCUGCAGCUACCAGGGGAAUCUAGCCUCCUGUCUAUCCUUUACAACCUAGAAGCUCCUGCAGCUACCAGGGGAAUCUAGCCUGCUGUCUAUCCUUUACAACCUAGAAGCUCCUGCAGCUACCAGGGGAAUCUAGCCUGCUGUCUAUCCUUUACAACCUAGAAGCUCCUGCAGCUACCAGGGGAAUCUAGCCUCCUGUCUAUCCUUUACAACCUAGAAGCUCCUGCAGCUACCAGGAGGAACUACAAGUCUCCUGUCUAUCCUUCACAAACCAGAAGCUCCUGCAGCUACCAGGGGAAUCUAGUCUCCUGUCUGUCCUUAGGCUCACUGCUCUAUAUUGAAGAACAAGUUUGUCCUAUGUGUACACCGGGGCUCGCUGCUGCUCUCUCCUUCGCUUCCUGUUACUUCCUCCUUCUCCCCUCCACCAUGACCCUUUAACUCUAACCCCUGACCUUACAUCGCCUGGUGGAGAGUCCUUGUAACGCAGCUCUCAUCAGUGAGGUAUCCAAUGAGGCUUUCUGUUCUGAGUGAGACACACAUACAGAGUUCAGCAGGAGAGCAAAAUGGGGCCAGUAGUAGUGUUGUGGUUGAUUUUAGAGUUUAUUCUCCAAGUUCCUUUUCCGUUGGGGACAAUUGAGUGAUGGAAUGUGGUGGUUCUGGACUGCUGGUGAACAUUAAAUAAUGGACCUCUGGAAACUGCUGUGUAGAAGCUGUUUUAUCAUCAGCAUCUUCUCUUAACAACAUAAAGCUAUCUUUUUCAACCAAGUGAACAUAAACAACAUUACGGUUUAUACAUGCUUAGGGCUGGGGCUCUUGGGAAUAUUACGUAUACACUUCUAAUGAAGACUUUUCCUGUUUCCCCCUCCCCUCCCCUCCCCUGUACAUAAAGAGCUUUCCUUUUUCAUUGAUGUGACAGAGUGGUAAAUAAGUUGCUGUUGGGUACUGUGGCUUGGAAAAAAAAUAUUUGUAAGUAUUUUGCCUAACUAAUAAGAUGGAAGUGGAAAUAUUUCUAAGCAUUUUAAAGUUGGAUAGCAAUAACAUGUUUAUAUCCACUGUAUCAACACUAAGCUUUUAUAGCAGGGGUGAACGUCCUCUAAACUAGACUGAACUAAAGCCAUGUAUUCUAACCCCAGAAAUGGGUACCUGACUCAAACUUUCACCUCCUAAAUCAUGCAUUGAUAUCAAUGGGGUAAUACAAAUGUGUUGCGUGCAUGUAUCUCAAAUUAUGAUUUGGCUGUAUUGGAACAAUGUCCUUUUUUUGUAUGUGAAAAACUGUCUGUUUUUAGUUUAGUCCUUGGGAGAAAAUCUAGUGUACAAAUAGCAAUUGGCCUUACGCCUCCUCAUUUCUCAAUAAAAAUGAUACUUCUGUUUUAAUAUGUUAAGCUGUCCCUACACAAGUGAAAGUAGAUCCGAAAGUGAAGGAAGGACAGUAGGAAUCAAUCACUGGACUACACAGGGCAACAAUGUAAACACAGGAACUAAGAGCACAUUUGUAAAUGUAGUACAUAAGACCUGGACAUUUUUGACGAAGCAGUCGGCUAGAAGAAGUGGUUUUUAUAACAAUGUUGUAUGGAUGUGUAGCAGUUUCACACUGGCGUGCCUGUUUUCACUAUGUGUAGAACCGACCUCUAUGUACUGUAGCUCAUAUGAGAUGAGCUAAUUCUACUGAAUAAACCUAUUUUAUCAUGGUCACCACGUUACCUGAGAAGGUCAUUGACUUAGUUUCACAGAGACAGGAUCAUUCUAGCCUCGGAAGCCCAUUUGGGGGUGUAAUGUCUGUCUAGUAUGGGGGGCUGGGUCUGUGCCUUCCCAAUGAGUGGCAAGUGUACGUACGGUCUAUAAUAGCAUCAAAGUGUGCAUUCCAAAUAGCACCUUAUUCCCUAUAUAGGGGCCUACUUUUGACCAGGGCCCAUAGGAUGCACCCUAGAUCUCAGAUGUCUGUGUAACCACAGUGCAUCCAUUUUGUAGAUUGCACUUACUGUAAUGAUGUGAAAUAAGGAUUUCACCUCAACUGAAACUCCCUUCAAUACCGACUACCCUUCUGUUCAGUACAACUGUUUCUCUGAAUACUCUCCCAUCUAUAAAGCAAUGGGAAAUGGAAACAUGAACCAAUUUGAUUCCCUUGUCAUGCAAUACAACUUGAUUUGUCCACUGUGAAACAGACAAAUGCAAUGUUUCAUCUAAUUUAAAAGCCAACCUAUACUUGGUGUUUGGUUUGUACAAAAACAUCUCUACUCUUGCACAGGACUAAAAUAAAUGUCGAUUGGCAUUAGAGCCAACACCUGUACGGUAGUUAACACUGGGAAGACACUUGUUCUGAAUUAUUCAUGCUGGUUUUAUGUCUUUGAUUUGAGAGGUGAGACUUUUUCUUUCUUACAUUUUAAAAUGGCUGUAUAAAGAAAUAAUUGUGAUGGCUCAAUUGUUGAAUCUUGGUAUCUGCUGUGUAUAUCUUCUGUAUAUUUGAGACAAUUUUGCUUUGGGUUGACGACCAAUAAAUUAACUUGUCCCUUUGAAA